UGUUUAAUCAUUGAGGAAUUUAUUUCGAGUGUUUUCAAAUACUUUCGGUUUACUCUUGUUUUACUGCUUGAUUUACUAAGAUUGCACCGUAUUUUGUCGAUACAAGCAUGGGAACCGAACGGAUAACUUGUGGAAAGUGUCACAGAAAGUGUAGCGGACAGGUUCUGAGCGUUGGCGAUACGUAUUUCCAUCAUUAUUGCUUUACUUGUCAAAAAUGUGGGAAUGAGUUGGGAGAAGAUGCAUUUUACAACAAGGAUGGGGCAUAUUAUUGUGCCAAAGACUACCUCGACCAUUUUGGUGAACAAUGCUUCAAAUGUCAUGAAUUUCUCGAAGGGGAAGUCAUCAGUGCCUUAGGAAACACCUUUCAUUUGGAUUGUUUUUCCUGUGCACACUGCAAGAAAUUCUUCCCACCGGGUGAAACUGUCAUCUUCGAUGGCCGAGACUACGUUUGUGAAGACUGUGAUUAUGGGACCGAUCCGUCGUCACGACAGCCGAUGCACAAAUGUGCCGGGUGCCACAAGGAUAUCGAACAUGGUCAGGCUUUGAUGGCGUUGGACCAACACUGGCACCCGAAUUGCUUCACCUGUCAGAAAUGCGGGAUCGUUCUUCAUGGGGAAUACAUGGGAAAGGACGGGUAUGCAUUUUGUGAGAAAGAUUAUCAGACCGAAUUUGGGGUCACCUGCGCUGGCUGCCAAGGUUACAUCACUGGUAAAGUGUUACAGGCGGGGGAUAAGCAUUAUCACCCACAAUGCUCUCGUUGUGCAAAGUGUGGCCAAAUGUUUGGCGAAGGGGAGGAGAUGUAUCUACAAGGUUCCGAGAUCUGGCAUCCGGAAUGCAGCGAGAUGGUGCGGGAAAUGGAAAGGGCGGAGAAGGAACGCCAAGAGUUGGAACAGCGGGAUGCGGAGCGCAGGGAGAUGGAAGAAGAAACAAGAAGACGGGAGGAUGAGCAGCGGGAAGCGGAAAGACAAGAGCUGGAUAGAAGAGAAGCAGAGCGUCGGGAUGCGGAUAGACGGGAUGCCGAACGACGGGAAGCUGAAAGACGAGAAGCAGAAAUGAGGGAGGCGGAACGCCGCGAUGCUGAACGCCGAGAUGCGGAACGCAGGGAGGCCGAGCGCAGGGAUGCGGAACUCCGCGAGGCGGAACGUUUGGAAGCAGAGCAUCGCGAGGCAGAGCAGAGGGAACGAGAGAAGAGAGAAAGGGAGAUUGAGAACGAGCGCCGCGAAGCUGAGAGACGAGAGAUGGAACAAAGAGAGAUCGAAAGACGAGACCGCGAGAGAAGAGAGAUUGAGUAUAGAGAAUCACAACGAAGGGAUGCGGAACGACGCGAUGCGGAACGACGCGAUGCGGAACGACGCGAAGCCGAACGGCGCGAUGCCGAACGACGCGAUGCUGAUAGAAAGAGAGAUUUUUACCAUCAAGGCAACUAUGGUCAGCAAGGCGAUGCAAAUAUCGGUCGUAUGCCAUCACCAGAUUUUGACGAUUUACCCCCUCCGCCAAGACCAGAUGAAUUACCCAAAGGUCCUCCAGCUCCGCCAACCAGAACUGAUAGCCGCGCGAAGGACUGGAAAGCACGCUAUGGCUCGUUGCCUAGGAGUGGGUCUGGGUCUAUAAAUGGUGACGCACCUGAAGUCCAAAUGAGGAAUGGUCCGUCUCGACCAAGACCUUAUUCUUAUCACGAGUCUAGUUACAAUGAUUACGAAGAAACGACUCAGACAACAACAGUGUCAUCCCCGGGUGGGGAUCAAAAGUACAAAACAAGCGUCCAGUUAAAGAUUGGUAAGAGCACAGAUGACAGUUCAAUUGGUAGAACAACGACCAGAACCUCGUCUUCAUCUGCGAAAUCUCCACCAGCAGAAGCCAAGAUUUACCAAUACAGAGAGCUCAAAGUUGACAAUUAUCGCUCACCAAGAGGCGUUGACAAGUCAAACUUGGAGAAACAUCUGAGUGACGACGAAUUCCGUGAAGUGUUCCGGAUGACGCGAAACGAGUUCUACGAAUUGCCGAAAUGGAAGCAGAUUGAUCACAAAAAGAAGGCAAAACUGUUUUGAUUUCGGGUCCCAUUGUUUGCAAGUGUUGUUGUAGUAUUUUAGUAAAGAUUGAUUCGUUGCUUGGCAGAUGACGUCAUAUGCAGUUGAUUCUACAGCUAUUUCAAUUAAGGUGUCACCACUCACAGCCGAAAAUGUCGAGGUUAGCAAUCUUCUAUAAUUUAAACAGUUUUAUCUAUUUUAAAAGAUAUCCCCGCAUAAAAUGCGUAAUCUUAAAUCUAAGGCCCGUUGACCUUAUCUUCCCAGAGGUGUAAACCUUUCUGAGUUUGUGACUAUUUUGUUAAAAGAAACAUUGACCUAGGAAUACUUUAGACGUGAUUUACAAAGCCUUAGUUGAAAUGGCUGUAGGCAGUGGAGACGAAACUAUUUAGGCUUCCAAGUUAUUAAUAAUGACAGUAGAUAGAUAUUUGUUCACGAUGCACCAUUGUAGAAUACUAAAGUAUUUUGUUUUCCACUAUAUACUCUUGUGUAAACCAACCAUAUAUAACUAGUAUCACUGAUGUAUGCGUAUAAUA